AUGACGGAACCCGCAGACAGUUUUGGGACCACUGUACUAGUUCCCGACCCUUCAAACCCAUUGUCGGAUGAUGCUCCAGCUCCUGGUCCGGCCUCGGACAUUGCUGUGAACGAUACUGAACCUACUGUAGCUGCAACAUCUGCUCCUGGCAUGGUAGCAACCCAGAAGCCGACGACUUCUCAUCCACCAUCUCCUGUUACAUCUCCACCCACAGUACAUACAUCCACUGAACCUUCUACAUCUGCAACAAGUCCUACUGCUGCUACUAAACCAUCAGGAACAUUACUUCCAAGACCCACAUCUCCUGGUAUGUACUCAUCUGACUCAUCAGAUGAGGAUGUCUCUGUGGGAACGACAUCUCCACCUUCACAGAAAGACAACUAUUCAUCUGCCGAUUUUCUUUAUGACUCUAUUGAUCCCACAGCAAUGUCAACACGAAGUCGGACCGCCAAGAAAGACAAGCCGAAAACAAAGACCAAAGAUCAGAGCUUGCUCCCACCAUCAAGAAAGAAAUUUGCUCAUCGACCUACUCUGAAGGUGGCAGCGGAGACAUGCCCAAUGCUGACAUUAGUUAACCAGGAGAAAGCUGAGCCACGCCUUGCAGAGACGGUAACAUUCUCAGGACCCCUGGCAGACCUUGUAUCCUACCUGGCCAAGGCGCUCAACUUCUCGUACAUAUACUUGAGGCCAUCUGAUGGGGCUUGGGGCAUUAAACGUGAAGAUGGUACCUGGUCAGGCAUGUUGGGGAUGGCAAUCUCGCAGGCUGCCGGAUGUACUGCGGAUCCGGUUGCUCCAGUCAACUUGAUCCGGGAAGAAGAUUUUCCCCCGCUCCCUCUGGAGGAGGUCUCCGGGGAUGAAGAGGUGAGCGUUCAGUUAGCGGAUGCGGCUCCCCCUACGUCGCCGGACGUUCCUCCGGUUGUUACAGACUCUCCUCCGGGUCUUGCAGUGCCAUCGGAUGGUCUACGUGCUCCUGUCACUGUCUCCGCUGCUCCUGAAGGCCUUCCUAGUGAUCAUUGUGAUGCGCCGCCGCCUUCUCCCUCAUCUUUGGCUGCUGUGCCUGGCCCUGUGUUCUCGCCUCGGGUCCCGGAUGUGCUGGCUAAAAUGCCCAGGUCCUACCCUUGGCACCGCUUUGAAGGCCUCCACGAGGAGCACCUCACCCUUCACUCUGUUGGUUGCUUGGUAAUAAGGGCAGUACAAUUCGCCCCGUCAGUGGAUAAGACCUGCUACAAGCCCCACCCCAACCAUUUGUCUUCAUCAGAAGUUUGA